AUGCGAGGCAUGCCGGGAGCCCGCACUUCCUCUUCAGGGGCCUCUAGAAAACCACAGGGCGCAGGGCCAAGGCAGGUCGCCCCUGGGGAGCCAGAAGGAUGGCCGAGGGCAAGGCCGGCGGCGCUGCUGGCCUCUUCGCCAAGCAGAUGCAGAAGAAGUUCAGCAGGGCCCAGGAGAAGGUACUGCAGAAGUUGGGGAAAACUGUGGAAACCAAAGAUGAACGGUUUGAACAAAAUGCCAACAACUUCUACCAGCAACAGGCAGAAGGCCACAAGCUAUACAAGGACCUGAAGAACUUCCUUAGUGCAGUCAAAGUGAUGCAUGAAAGUUCAAAGAGAGUGUCAGAGACCCUGCAGGAGAUCUACAGCAGUGAAUGGGAUGGUCAGGAGGAGCUGAAGGCCAUCAUAGGGAAUAAUGAUCUCCUUUGGGAAGACUAUGAAGAGAAACUGGCUGACCAGGCUGUGAGGACCAUGGAAAAUUACAUAGUCCAAUUCAGUGAGAUUAAGGAGAGAAUUGCCAAGCGGGGUCGGAAACUCGUGGACUAUGACAGUGCCCGACACCACCUGGAGGCUGUGCAGAAUGCCAAGAAGAAAGAUGAGGCCAAGAUUGCCAAGGCAGAGGAAGAGUUCAAUAAAGCCCAGAUAGUGUUUGAAGACCUAAACCAGGAACUGCUGGAGGAGCUGCCUGUUAUUUACAACAGUCGUAUUGGCUGUUAUGUGAACAUCUUCCAAAACAUUUCCAAUCUGAGGGAUGUUUUCUACAGAGAGAUGAGCAAGCUGAACCACAGUCUGUAUGAGGUGAUGAGCAAACUGGAGAAGCAGCAUUCCAACAAAGUCUUUGUGGUGAAGGGACUGUCAAGCAACAGCAGACGCUCUUUAGUUAUCUCUCCCCCAGUUCAAACAUCUACAGUUUCCAGUCCUCUCACUUCACCUACCAGUCCCUCUGCACUUUCCCUGAAGAGUGAAAAGGAAUCCAUCUCAGCAGCUGAAGAAGAGCUGGCACCUGGUCCAGCCCAGGGAGAAGACACCUCUGAGAUCAAAGAAGAACCCUUAAAAGAUGAGGAAAUAGAGGGAGGAGAGGAUGAAGCCAGCUCCUCUGAGGAAGAAGAGCUUCUGCCAGCCUGCAAUGGCCCAACCCAAACCCAGCCUUCUCCCACCAUUGAGGGUGGUGAGUCCCAGGAGGAAGUUUUCUCUUGUUCCCCAGAUCCAUCAGUGGGCAGAGUCCUGAUCCCUUCAGAGCAGCCUUCAUCAUCUCCUCCAGAAGUAGUCCUCCGAACCCGUACUGCAAGUGAAGGAUCUGAACAACCAAAGAAGAGAGCCUCUCUCUCGAGGACCUCAGCACCCCCUAGUAGGCCUCCUCCACCCAGAGCCAUUCCCAGCCCCAGGCUUUCCUCAGGAAACAUGCCCUCAAGCCCUAUGGCCUCUGAAAAGUGUUCACCCACCAACCCUAGGGCCUUUUUAGGAGCUGAGACUCCCAGUCCUAGGGCCUCCAUACAGGCAUCUCCUGAUCCAGAGCCACCAGAGAAGCCAGAAAGAACUCCUGAGGCCAGCGAAAAAGAAACUACCCAUAAUCUGAACCCAGAAGAACUUUGUACUUCCCCUCAGAUCUCUCAGGUUUUUUCAGAGCCUGGUGAGCCAAGGAAGAUAGAAGACAAAGAAGAGAACAAUGAGUUUAGUUCAGCUGAUUCCCCUGAGGGCCAAGGCCUUCAGCUUCAAGUCUCUGAGGUUACAGGAGAGAGCAGCAUCCCAGAACCUGAGCCUCAAGAAGAGGUAUCCACAAGUCAAAAUGCACAAUUCUGA